UGUGAUGAAAUUCACCUCACAUUGGUUACACGAUUUUCUUUCGACUUUCUUUAAAGAGUCAUUUGCCGAAAGAAAAAAAAGUAUUGAAGCAUCAAAACCCAAACCAGCUAGUGCGCGACCUCUACUUCCACCUAAUAUUGAAAAAGAUAAAACAAUUACAGAAAAAGCUUCAAGAAUGUUGGCUAAGGCCGAAGAAUGUUUUGAGGCACAAAAAUAUAAAGAUUAUGUUGAAUUACUUGAGAAAACCGUUCAACUUGGUUCGGCAAAGGCAGCUGUCAAACUUGCUUUAGUUCAUCAUACUG